AUGUUAAGGGCGUCGAGAUGGUGGGCAGGGCGUACGCCGCCGGUCAUCGGCGGCUCGAAGAGGGCGCGUUUUAGUGGUAUAGACGACAAUCCCCGGAUUACGAGGAAGCCGUGGGAUACCUCAGAGCUGCUGAUGCUGGAUUACGGUUGGGAACGCGGGACUCUGCCCAAAUUCAGGGCCCGGAGCCCAUACCACAGACAGCAAAUUGCCCAUCGCAUGGUCACCGAGCUUAUUCGAAAGGAUUACGUGAUUGUGGGAGGGGCUCGCGCCCCGGCGCUGCGCAUUCUCGCGGAUCAUGUGGUCGAGCUCGCCAAAGCUGGGGAUACGAACUCCCGGCAGCACUUGGCCCACUUCCUGCAGGAUCCUUUGAUGGUGGACAAGGCAUUCGACGAGUAUCCGCGGCGGUUUCGCGAUAUGCACUCCAAGUAUGCCAUGAUGACGCGUUUGAAGGGGCGUCGUCGUGCGGAUUGCGUGGCCAUGUACUUUGUCGAGUACAAGAAUCGCGACCUCAGCGACAAUCACAAGGGCGAGGACUACAGUGUCGGGCCGGAGCGGUUUUUCUUGCCCCCGCGCGUGGUGGAGGCGGAAAAGGGGAUCCAGCGCCCUCCCCACAUGCAGAUGGCCUUUGACCGCUGGGCGAGCAAGUUCAAGACGGAGGAAUUCCACCACUGGUGGCGACUGCGGCACGCCAAGCUACGGUACUGGGGCGUGCGCAAUGUCCCCCACCCCUCCGAGGUGGACCCGCUCUGGACCGAAAAGGACGAGGAGGAAUGGCAUAGCGAGAUGCUAUCGCGCACCGCAGAUUUUGAGGAUAUCGAUUUGGACAGCGAGGAGUUCGAGGCGUCGGGCGAGGGCUGA